AUGCGGCAAAAAGCAGCAAUAGUCAAUAGUUGGGUUUGGGGAUUGCCUUAUGCGGCGAUCACGGUGGACAACAUUCUAACCGCUCCGUGGCCGGUCAACGAGACCGUGCUGGCGUGCGUGUCCGGAAGAGCCUUAGUCACCUUGGGGCCGGAAAUGAUCUGGCUGAACAAAAGGGGGCAGGUCCGCCUUGCCGGCGUGGAACAGAGCUACCAGAUCAAAACGAGCAUGAUGGCUACAGGUGCAGGGCACGGAAGAUGGAGCUCUGAGGCCCAAACUUUCCUAGCGGCUGGCGACCGACGAGAGCGACCUGAAGCUAUGCGCGCACGUCGCAAACAAACAGGCCAGAUAUGA